AUGCCCGUCGAGUUUAUCAUUGUCGCCGUCGCCUUUUUCGACACGAAAUUCACCCGCAAAAUGUGCAACAAGUUUUAUCUGUUUGAGCCCAUUUGCACCAUGGUUCUCAUCGCUCUUUGCUCUUCUGUCCAUGUCAAUCGUAUCCACGCCAUCUACGAUAAGAGCAGACCCAUCCUCGCUGGUCUUGCUGCUCUUUUGCUUGUCCAGAUUGCCGUAAUGACCGUAUGCUCCGCCUUUUACCAUGUGAUCCCGCUCCUCCAAGGCCAAGGCUGUAUCGCUGGUCCCACCGCCAACUGGUCGCUCCAGUCCAAGCCCCUCAGCCCAUGGAAGCUCAUGCUCCGCGACGGUCUCAACCUCUAUGGUCCCAUCUGGAUCGUCAACAUGGUCAAUGUCUGCUUCUGGUUCAUCGUCAAGCCCACCGGUGAAAACGACAGCAUUAAGACGACGGUUACUAGCAUAACUGCAGUGCUCACGACCACCAUGACACUUCGUAUCAUUCUCCCCGUCCGUGGUUCCCUUGCCCAAGCACCAACGUCCUCUCCUCGUCUGGUCGCAACCCCAACCCACCACACCCCUCGUCGUUUUGGACCCAGACACUCGUAUCGCGUUCAAUCCCAAAACGCUGGCAAUGGGCCCAAUGUCUUCAACAUUGGCACCUAUGGCAACCCCGAGCGUAAAGGUUCGCUCUCGGGUGGUGUGCCUGGUGUGGUUGGAGAUGGCGCGUAUACGUUGGAUGAGAUGCGUGACAAGGCUGCCAAUGGAGAGUGGAAUGAAGGUACGAGCGAUGGUCGUUCGUCGGUCCUCGAGGGUAAAAAGGGCGAGGCCUAUGGUGUGCCUGCUGCCAGAGGGUAUGAGGGUGUCGAGGUGACGAUUGAUCGCGAGGUGGAUUACCAUGGCCGCAAGUAA